UCCAGAGGCGAGCGCGGGGGGGGGCGCCGCCAUUACGUUCAUUCCGCGUCGAACUAUCAAACAAGAUACAUGUCAAAGUGUCAACGACACAUUCCGAUGGCUGUGGUUAGGUCAUGGCUAUUGGAGUUUUUUGAAACUCAUCCGUAUUUUCAAGUUAAAUAUGAGAGAUCUACUGACCCUGCUAAGUACAUCAAUGAUAGGAAAGAUUUCAAGGUCGUGUGUGCCGACGCGGCUGUGAAGCUACGUAAAAAUAAUAACAAGGUCGAACGAAUAAUGGCUGACAUUGUAUACAAAUAUGCUAAGAUAAAACUUCUAAUAUCUUCUGGGAUAGUAACAGAGGAAGACAUCCGUGGCAACUCUCAUUUUUCAUUGUAUGUCUCGCACCGUACUGAUUUUCUUAAGCUAUUUGUCAGUGGAUUCACUAAAAACGAUAUCCCCAUUUAUGUGAGGAGGUAUUUUGACCGUAUGUUCAGUGAAAAAAAAUUGAUAAAACGUAAACAUGAAGUAACACCAGCCAUCGUGAAAUGCAAGUUGCAGAGACUAAAAGACAGAAAGAUGGAUUUACAUGAAGACGACGAGGAAUAUAUUACUAAUAUAAUCAGCAAAUCGUUAUACGGGUUUGAUGGUAACAUGGGCUAUGAAAUUCAAUUACUUAAAGCCAUAGGAAUACAAACUGAUGAUAUUAUUGAAGAUCGAAACAAUUUUUCUAGACAAAAGGAAGCUUCGAGCAAUCCGACGAGUAAUAGUAAACCGGGUACAGAAAGGUUCACAAGGAACAGCGAUGAUCCAGAUGAAAUUAAAGAAGAAUUUUCAAAUGAUGGCGUUCUGAACAAUAACGAUUGUUUUGUCAUACCGCCGCAAUCGAUUGGUUCAAUAUUACCUCAUCCAAAUAUUAAAAAUGAAAUAAUUGAUUUUGAUAUGGAUAUAGUUGACCCCAGAGAUUCAGAUUCUACUGUAGAAAAUAUUGUAAAAGACAUCUCAAUAAAUAAAACUUUGGAUGGUAAUUUUAGUGAUAUAAAUUAUAAAAAUACUACUGAGGUAUGUGAGAUAUCAAGUAUUGAAGAAGCUUCUCAAGAUGGAACUGCAAUGGAUACAUCAAUGAAUUCCCAUUCCCAUGCUACGCCUUCAGUGUUACCAGUUAAAAGUAGUAAGGAGGAAAUUAGUGUCGUCGUGGCUAUAGAAAAUCAUGGCGUUUUAGGUGUGGAAGAUGAAUAUGAAGAUGGCAGUGACAUUGGCGCAGUUGAUAUACGAAAGUAUAUGAAUGGUCUUGCAGAGUUGUUGUGUAAAAAAAUGCCUAAAGAAAGACGGAGAACAUUUCUAAACCAAAUAGAUCAAAUAGUAUACGCAGUACUUGAGGAAUAAGAGAAGUUAUGUAAAAUUUCCAUUAUAAUACUAAGUUAAUUUGAAAUAAAAAAUGUUGAGAAGCAAA